AUGGAAGACCCAAUGGACAAAAAAUCAUCACUGAAGGUGGAUAUUGAUCUAGAUCACUUGAUUAAAAUGACAGAAGAAGUGGCUCAAAAUAUCAGUAUUAAUCUUAAUAAGGUGGUCGAUCCAAUGAGUCAGUACCUUGCCAAUUCUACUUUUAAUGCUGUAAGUUUAUAUACCUUACCCUACGCUAUCCCAGUCUAUCUUGCCCUAGUCUUCUCUAUCUUACCCUAUCUUACCCUAUCCUACCAUAUCCUACUUUAAAACUUUCUACAGUAUCCACCACUAUAUAAUCUAACUUUUUUAAAGCUACAUGUCUCACCUAAUUUAAAUUUUCAGACAGUCCAUGACGUCGCAAGCAUAGCCGCAUCCUUGAAAAACUUGACUGCCAAUAUGGUUUCAGCUUCAAACGCCUUUUAUCAGCCGUGGAUAUUCAUCGUAGCUGUUGUUAUCCUUCUCUUAUUGAUCUUGAUCUUGGCCAUGUUUUGUUUGCUACUAACACGUCGAGAGCUUAUCGAAAACCCAUGUGGUAAGAAAAAGAAGAAUACUGUAAGGCCAAGACCAGAAGACGCUCCUACAGUUGUUGUUGAUGAUCAUGAUCAUGAUCAUAGCGGGAAUAAAGCAGUCUGA